AUGACCGCGGGUGAAAAUCAUCCAAAGAGACUGUUCGAAAAAGGAGCCAAGAUCAUCGUGGAGAGAUUCAAUAAAAAAGUUACGCUCGUAAAGCGGCGCCGCGACGAGUCCGGAACGGUUGCAGAUGGAUUCAUGGAUAAGUACAUAUUCGAACAUCAUCCGAUCAAGACCAAAAUAGAGCUCUUCGCGUGGUCCAUGGCUGAGGAGGGUGUACAGAUUGAGGUGGACUUUUCCAGCCCGGAUGUCAAGAACUUCUUGAGGAUGAUGAUCAACGGGCUGAAUCCCCCGACCUGCCCUCCCGAUGUGCCGCCGCCGGAAAGAACCCGCGAUGCUGUAUUCACAUUUGAACCCAUGGAGCCCCUUAAAGUGGAGUUCGCAUUCUCGUACUUCGGCCCUUAUACUGAGAAUAGUGCGACGGGGAGCAAUGUCACCCAAGCCAACGGCGCAUCAAAUGGAGCUGCAUCCAACGGAGGCCAGCCGAGCGUGGACGAGAAGCGGACAGACGGUGCUUUUCUCGUGGUUGUCAUAUCCUACACGCACAAGAGCAACCCCUUGGACCGAGAGAUGGACAAGAAGGCAGGAAUUCGCAGAAGUCCGCUUACCGUGGCUCCCGGUCCGAACCACCCAACUAUCUUGUUCCAAACGGCAGCCCGAUAUAUCAUUGAGGACCUACCAACCCGAAUCAAGACGCGCACCGCGACGCGAGUCUGGGAUGAUAUUGAUUACGAGGAAUUCGAUAGUCCGGCCGUGACCGCGACGCUCUGGAUGCGCUCUCUGGACGAGGGGAGUAGGGGAGUGGAUUUCACGGAUGACAACAUCAUUCGGUUCCUGGAGGGCAUGAUUUCCGAUCUGAAGGUCGAUCCGACAUCGGGCCACGAUUGCGUGCAGGAGAUCCAAUUGGCGACUAAGGAGGCGAGAAUGGAGGAUCGCAAGCUGGGCUUUACAUUUCAGUACGAGGGACCUGACAGGGAGGAUACCCAGAGCAAUUGAGGGAAGGUGAAUUGGGAGGGCGACAGACGGUCGGUCAAAAAUAAUGCGGAGGAACUGUAACUAAAGGGUGGG